GAUAGGAGCAACGUCGACAUGUCGACGAGACGAUAACGCGUAGCGCGUACUUAUACUUAUUGUGCCUUGUGUGCGUUUAUUUUUCCUUCUUUUCUUCUUAGCUAAGUCGUCACACGCAAAAUGAUAUUUUUUCAUUGCUUACCUAGCUGUUAAAUUUCUACUGGUCCUAGGCUCUGUUAUUGAACCACUUUAUACCCACAGUAUGCAUAUACAUGAAUAAAGUUAAGGCUUCUAGCAAGUCCCAUUCCUCCAUAAGUAUUUAUUUUGCUUGAUUUGACGAGGAUUCAGCGCCAACGGAUUUUAAUCCGAUAUCAAACUGCACAUACAAUUUAAUUAACUGGCUUGACUAUUAAGUCGGCUGUUCUGCAUGUCUUUUUCCCCAAACGUUAAGCCAACAAAAGCUGCAGUGUAAUAAUCCUUAUAUACCUAGUCAACAUGUGUGAGCAAACUGAGAUUCAUUAUUUGGAUGGUGAUGUUGUCUGGGUAAAGUUGGGAUCAUCGUGGUGGCCAGGCCAAGUUGUUGGUUUUGAAAAACUACCGGAGGAUGUUCAAUUGGACUUCAAGAAUAAACCACUCAUAGCAGCUGUUAAAUUUUUUCAGGAAGAGUAUUUUCAAUUUGUCAAAAAUUAUCAGCAGAUUUAUAAGUAUAAUUGUACCCAGAAAGAUGAUUUUAUAAAGAAAGGUUUAGAUAAGUUUAGAGCUAAAAGCAAAGAUGGCUCAAAUUAUAUGGACAAAUUUCCCCAAGAUGUUAAAACAGCUGAAAUGUUGACUGAUGGGAAUCCAAAUAUUUUAUCAAGUGAAAAAUUCAACCCAGAGCAAAAACCCGAUAUAUCUGGUUUAUUCGGGGAUAAGAAAAUUUCAAAAAGAAAACGCACUCGUGAUGAUUCAAUGAAACAAAUUCACAAUGAUAUCAGGACGAAGGUCACUCAUCCUAGAUUUUUGCAAGAAAAUGACCAUGAAAUUCGUAUAAGACAACAACCUAAACAUAACCCAUCAGCACCUUCUACCAGUUCUUCAGGGAAUAUAUUCCCCUGUCAGAUAUGUGGAUUCUCCGCUACUCGUGUGAACGUAAUAAUUUGUCAUUUAAAAAGUCAUAGGUUAAAUAACGAAACUGCAGCCACAAACAAACCAAAAGUAAAAACCAAUGUACAUUCAAAGUCGAGGCAAAUAAUUUCAGAUUUUUCAAAAAGAAAAUAUGUUAAAAAAACAGUGCCUAGUAAGAGUAAAAGUGAAACUAAGGUUGAAUCUCUCAAAAGAAAGCAUUUUAAACAAAUUGAAAAACCAAGUAAAAAGAAGAAGUCGGAUCCUGAACUACGAGAAAAGUUACUUGCUGAUUGGAAUGUAGAAUCGGAUGAAGACGAAUCAUCAGAUCUCAGGAAAUCAGUUGACAUGAAUUCUAUGGACCUACUGAUCAAAGAUCAGUCAAGUAUAGAGAGUGUAGAAAAAACAAAUACUUUUAAAGACGAUUCUAGUAAAGAUAAUAGUGACAACAGUGAUCUUUUACAUGAAUCAAACAAAUUACUGCAAGAAACAGAUGGUUAUGCAAAGCUUUCUACACUUAAAGAUGUCUCUAAAAGUCCUGCAAAAGUGAUAAGUGAUGAAAAUGAUAUGAAAAAACUUGACACAGCAUUAUCACCUAAAAGAAAUAGUGAUAGUUUUCAAGUUCUAAAGUUUCCUGUUGGAAAAUUUCCAGCAGAAAAUGAUGACAAAAAUUCUCGAUUAUCCUGCUUUGAUUUCGAUGAAGAUGACGUUCCUGAACCAAGUAUAUCGUCUGUGAGGAAGAUGACUCGUGGACUAGGUAAUAAAAAUAUGUCUAUUAAAAAAGAAAUUAUAAAAGAGUUCGAGAUGAGCCAAGCUUUAAAAAAUGAUGCAGAACAAGAUAUGAAAAAUGAUGAAAAUAAUAAAUUAAAUGUAACAAAAGAAACAAAAGAAAGCUGCACAGCUGAUUUAGAUGAAGAAAUGCUGUGUAUUAAAGAUAGCGAAAAUAAGGAAACUGAAGAAAAUAAUGAAGACAAAAUAAAAGUAGAUGAAAAAUUUAAUAAUUGUAUAGAAAUUUGUGAAACUCAAGUAGAGAUUGUAGAAAUUUUUGAAGACCAUAAAGAAGAUGAAAAUAAAUAUGUCCAAGCAGAGGAAAACAGUGAAAAAGUUGAUAAUAAACCAGAUUUUCAAUGUGAGGAUAUUGAUGCAGCUAAUGAACAAAGCAAUACUGAAGGUGAAAUAACUCUUAGAAGUAAAAUGAGAGAGUCUGAAACUUGUUCAACAAAAGAUCAUGAAAUGAUAUCUGAUAUUUCAACAGCUGACAUAAGAAAGAAAUCUAUUUCUCCAGAUGAUUUUAUUUUUGAAAACAGAGAUGAUGCCAGUAUUGAAAAAACCUCAAAUAUCAAAUCUGUUUCACAAGACUUGUCACAAAAUAGUUUAAGCAACCGUCAAAAUGAAAAUAAUUUAAACUUCUGUACUCAAAAAAGACGUGAGCGCCCGAAAAAAAAUUUUACAAGUUCUGAAGAAGUUGCAUUUGAUAAUGAAUAUUCAAAAAUAGAAAAAAUGGAUGUAGAUGAAUUUGAUCAAAAAACAUCUGAAUCAGAUUCAGAUCAUUCUUCUAGUGGUAGAAUUCGAAAAUCAAGUACAAAAUAUCAAUCGUCACUUUAUUUACAAAGUUUUGAACAUAGAUCAUUUCAAACUGAUAGUUUGUCAAAAAGUGACGAUAAACCAGAAAAAAUAAACACAAAAAUAAAAAGGACAGGAGACUCUAAAAAUAACUCUGAUGGGUCAGUAGAUGAUAGCAUUGAAGGCUUGAACUCACCUUCAAACUCUAGUAAUGACAAAACUAUGAUUGAAUCUGAAAGUUUAGAAAGUAUAAAGAAACAUCAUUCAGAAAUUAAAGAAUUUGCAACUGGUGCGGAAAGUAUUUUGGAAACAAAAGUUGCUUUAAAAUCAAGUAACUACAAUCACUUAAAGGAGCAGUCAAAAAUCAUAGAAGAUAAUAAAAUUGAAGAACAGUUAAAUAAUGAUGUUGAAUUGCUACCACCAAAAAAGUCGCAAAUCAAAAAAUUUGAACUUUCUUUAAUUGAUUCAAGUGACAAUAGUUUCAGUAUACAUUCAUUUGAUUCAGUAAAUAAAUCAAAUCCAAACUCAGAAAAUUUAAGAAAAAAUUAUGGUGAAACUUUAAGUGAAACUCCACUUUCUGAAACACUUUCUGAAAAAAUUGAAAGUUCAGAAAAUGUAUCUAAAAGUGCCCAGGCAGAUAAAUGCUCAUCUGCAGUAAUUACAAACGUUAAGGAUUUGACAUUAAAAACUGAAGAAAUAGAGCAUCCAGUAAAAGCAAUUAAAAAUGAUGAACUUAGCUUAUCAGAAAUAAGUACAUUUGAUUCAAGUAGCAUAACUGAUGAAAUUAAAUUAGAUACAGAUUCUAAAACGGUAAUGCAAGAACCCGUUGUUACCAAUUAUCCUACAAUACUCCCAGAUAACUUUGGUAGUAUUAAAGUUGUUGUAGCAGAUAAUGAAGGAAUGGAAGUAAAUUCUAAUCAAGAUUUUCCAUUAAAAAAUGAUAAAAGCGCUAUCCAGUUUUCAAAUGAUCUAUUGAAUAUUGAAAAAAGUAGUUCCCUGAUAGCACCUGAAAGUUUAUCAGCUAAAAAAACUAUGGAACCACUUAACUCAACAGCAUCACCUGUACCCAUGUCAGAAAUUAAUGUUGCUGUACCAGUGAAAAAACGAGAAAAACCAAGAAUCAUUCAAAAUGUCGCCCUAAAAGAACCUAUGAUACUAAAGACAAAAUUAACGGAAAAACACACUGCGAAGUUUAGAAAACAUAAAUUAGAAGGUAAUAGCAUGAAGUUAAGUGACUUGAAAAGUUCUUCUAAUACAAAAGUGAUGAAAAUGGAGGCAGUGAUAUCAAAUAAUAAAAGUAAAUCAUCUUUGAGUAGUAGUCAGAGCCUUGUAACAAAAAAAAUUUCAAAGACAUUCAAAGCAGAAGAUCGUUUAUCAGCAGAUGAUACAAGUAAUGAAACAAUAACUGAUGUACCACAAACACUUCUUAAAGUACCAUCCAGUGAAAAAUUUAUACAACAAAGUUCACAGAGUUUGGUCGAUAUGGAACUAGAUAUUGAUUCCAUGCCUUUUGUUUUAAGUGAAGAUGUCUUGACACCGGAAAGUAUUGAGCAAAUGCCUGUUGUAAUAUCAUCUGUUUUGUCAACGACUCCAAUCACAAGCUCAUUAUCAACAACAAUAAUGACACCAACAAAGCAAAUAGUCGGUGCUAAUCAGUCAUUUCAAUCACCUGUGGAAUUAAAUGACAUUAAUUUAAAAAAGAAGAGCGGUACACCUGCAAUUUUAAAAAGUAAAAACAAAGCCAAACCAACGAUUACUAGCAUUAAAAAUGUCGAACCACCUCUUACUUCAGCAACAUAUAAAGGAGGUUACAAGGUAAAUUCACAAGCUUUAAAAAAAACAACAUUAGAUAACCAAAAAACCCCAGGAAAAUAUGUGAUUGUUCAAACAUCAGGCCAUCAGCAAACAUAUAGCAUGCAUCAGAAAACAGUGACUCCUACAAGUAAGGGUUCUGGGAAUGCUCAAAUUGUUCAACAAGGAAGUAAGGUUGUAAUUCUUACAUCUCCUUCAUCUGGUCAAAGUGGUCAAAAAGUUCUUCCUUUAAACUCUAUUUCAAAAGCAUUAACAAAUAGAAAGAUACAGAGAAUCGUUCCAAGUAAGCAAGGUCAGCAAAUGCACACUUCAGCUAAUCCACAAAGUUUAGGUGGUUUAAAAACUGUAUUGACAUCUAAAAGUGGAGAAUUUAGUAAUUCUUCAACUAGUACAAAAUUAACUGGACAGAAAAUUGUAAGUCAACAACAAUUAUUAGCAUCAAAAAGUGUUUUGACCCAAAUACCUGGAACAAUAACAAAGUCAACAGCACUCAGUAAUGUGCCCCAGGGUAUAAUUACAAAAGAAGGUAUAUUUACACCUAUAAGUGCUUCGACUAUUGGAGGAAAAACCUUUAUUUCAUCAAAAACACUUGUUGCUAAAGGUUUCCCACAAAGCACUAGUACAUCUAAGCAUAUUUUAAAUCCAAUAUCUCAAACAUUUUCUGGAAAGACAAUUCUAAAUUCGCAAGGAAUUGUUUCCAAAGGAACUGUUCUAACGCCGAUAACUGGGUCACAAGUCAAAGCUCUUGCUGCUAAAAAUAUAAAAGGAAGUAAGUCUCAGUGUUCAACUCUUCAACGUAAAGUACAGUUAAUUGAAACUCAAAAAAAUUCCAAAGUUCCAAUUUCUUUAACGCAAACACAUAGUUCUAAUAGAUUAGUAUCACAAAAUUCAGAUAUAAAAACUGGGACAUCUACACAAAAAGGCAUUAAGCAAACUAUUCAUAAACAAGCAACAGCUGCUGCAAUACUACCAUCAUCUGGAGUGCAGCAGAAAUGUAAAGUGGUAUCUUUAAAUCCUGAACAAAAAGUUGGCAGUCCGAAAACCAUCAGUCGAAUGAUAAAACUACCAGCUAAAGUAGUUAAAGAUAAAGUUGUAGAAAACGUACAGCAUAAGCAACCUGUUGAUAAAGAAAUUUUGCUUCUGAAUUCAAAGAUAGAGCAAGAAAAGCAUGUUGGAUGUAUCCCAGUAAUGAAAUCUGCAAAAAUAGUACCAAAAACUUUACAAAAGAAAAUUUCUAGUGCUUCUACUGCAACAACAUCCUUGUCAUCGAAUUCAAAUGCCUCACUAUCAAUAACUAUUCCAUCUUUGGAUCCAUUUAACCAUGAAAAAGAACCAAAAAAAGAAAUAACUGAGCAAACAACAGUGCCCAGUACUCAAACUGUUACAGUUAGUGAAAAUGAAAAGAUUAAUGUUUCAAAAAUGCCUUCACAAGCUCAAAUAAUGGCAAUGCCAACAGAGAAUAGCGAUGGUACUCAGUCUAUUGUUUUGUUUACUGUUGAUGAACAAGGCCAAGGACAUAUUAUUCCAUUGGACAAUAAUGCAUUAGUAUCCCUAGAUGGUUCAUCAACAAUUGAUGGAAGUAGAACUAUUUAUAUUGAUUCGAGUUCAUUGGGAGAAUCAGGAAAUAUGGAUAAUAUUGUUUUACAAAUUGAUAACAGCUCAUUAUCUAAUUUUCAACCAACAACUUUGCCAGUGCAAACACCAGCUGUAGUAACAGAAACGGUGCCAUCUUCUGAUAUUUCACAGUCAACAAAUCAAGAUAUCUUAGCAGCUGCUUUGGCUAAUACAGAUUUUCAAAGUGACGGUGGCAUAGUUGAAACUAUAGGAACAACUACGAUGACUAGUUUUACUCAAACAAGCUUAAUAAAUCAAACAAUAUUGCAGUCGACAAUAAUACCACCUAUAGAACCUAUAUCUUCACCUUCAGUACUUGAAACUUCCUUAACAUUAAACCAACCCAUAAUGACGCCCUUAGAAGUUCCAAGUAGCUUAUCUUCGCAGGCAGAACUAAUACCAGUUUCUUCUACAACUGUGAUUCCCUCAAGUUUAAAAGUACCAUUAUCAAUAGCUGACAACGCUGGGUCAAUUAAAAAAAAUUUAAACACUUCUGAAGAAAGAAAGAAAGAUUCACAAACAGAAUCUAAAUUAGUAUCUAAUGAAUCUUAUUCUACUUCUAUACCUGGCAAUGAUUUGGGUAAUAAACGAAUGCAAAUCACACCAUCUAUGCCACUAAUUGACGAUAAUUUUAAUGCCAAUAAUGGAUUUGAUUCUACAAAUGCUUCUGUUGUCACAGAAGAUAACUUAAGGAGCUUUGUUACUAAAACUUCUGAGGAACUCAUACAAGAUCUCACAGGCAAUGAUUCAUUACAGGAAAACAAUGAGACUACUUUAAAUGAAUCUACUUGUUCUUCCAUCCAAAAAGAAAGUUUAAAGAUACCGCGAAUGAUUCCUAAUGAUACACAAGAUGAUAGUGUUUCAUCUCAACACAAUAUUGCUCUGACUAUUGAGACGUCUGAAGAAACUGUGUUAACUGGAAGCAUACAAUGCUCAAAUGAAAUCGAUAUGGAAAUUCUGAAUAAAGAAAGUAAUUUAAGUGCAGAAAUUUGCACAGCUUCAAUAGAAUUGCCUAAAGAAAUACAAUCUUCACAUGAAAUUCAGGAAUUUGGUGUUAUUGAUCAUAAUGAAGAAAAAGCAUUAGCCGUUACUGAAUCUACAGUAGUAUACGAAGAAGAAACUUUAACAUCAAAUGAAGAUUUAUCUUGCGAGUUUCAGUCAAUAAUUCCAUUGACAGAGAAAUGUGGUUUAAAAAUGGUUGUUACAGAAGGCCAGAAAUCUGUUGAAGUAAAAGAAGAAAGGACAAGUUCUUGUCAGAUUUCCGAUUCUUUACAAAAAAGUGAUUCGAAUUGUAUUUCUACUAAAGAGUGCAAAAUGAUUUUUGAAGAUGAUAAAAUUGAGGCAAGUCAAGGGGCUCCCUCUCAGUCGUAUGAGCAACUUGUAUCUGAUCCAGUUGACGUUCCAGAAGUUCCUAGUCAGUCUGUAAAAUCUGAAAAUAGUCGAGAAGCUACAGAAUCACUUACAUACGAAGCUAUGGAAGUAGAUAACAAUACUCUAAUAGAAGAUCCUCCAACUCAAUCUUACAAGGAUUCAAAAUCAAAUGAAGCAUCGCAGUCUUAUGAGAUUCUACAUGAAAUAAACACAAAUGCUCCAACGCAGUCGUUUAAUGAAAUGAUUGAAAUUAAUAAAGAAAGAGAAUCAAUGAAUCAGUCCACAGAUGAUCGAAAUUUUCCAACCCAAAGUUAUGAGGUUGAAAAACUGGAAAAUUGUACAGAAAAUUUGGAAACUGACACAGAAGAAAUAAGUCAAGAAGGUAAUAUACCAUCACAAUCAAACGAUAUCGUUGUUGAUGGGAUUGGCACAUCCUCAAUGUCGACAAACAACUCUGGACUUAAUGAGGAUGAAACUGCAAGCUCUUCUUACGUGCCUGAAACGCCAGAAAAUCAAGAACGAGAUCAGGAUCAAGAGAGUGCAAUUAGUACAUCUUCCUAUGAAAUUCCUCCUUGUGAAGAGUUAAACAUUGCAUCAUCAAGUGUAAUACCAGACACAUCUGUACAGUCAGAGCACUCUAGCAUUCAUAAUAAUGGGGUUCCAGAAAUUCCAACCUCCUCAUAUAAUUUGAAUCCAGAUUCAAGCUCUGCACAUGUUGAUGCAGUACCUACAUCCAGUUAUGAAGAUCAAAUCAUAAUCGAGCAAAAUGUAUCGACUUCUCACGAAGUGCCAAUAUCUAUCGCAAACAUAGAAGAAACAGGUUCUCAAAGUUACGUUACAGGCAGCUCAAACGAAAGAAAUGAGCCAACAAGUUACUACAGGCAUAAUCAGGAAGUAACAGAGAGCUACUAUCAAAGCAUAUGCAAACAAUCACACUCUCAAAUAGAGUCCAAUUCAGAGGAAGAAGCAACGCCUAGUUACUACGAGAGUAAUCCUGUGGAUGUGACAUCAGAAGCUUCCGGUAGCUACUUCAAUCAGGAAGAAGCAACUCCAAGUUACAGUCAUGAAAUUUCACCGAGUUACUAUGAUCCACAAGCAGAAAGUGAAGCCAGUCAAAGUUAUUAUUCAUCAGCGCACGAUCUAAAUGCAUCCAGUCAAUCGGUUGCUCUUCAAAACGUCGAGGCAACACAAAGUUUUUAUAGCGAGAACUCAGACGAGCAGCAAUUUAGGCAACAGGGCGAAGCUACUCCGACAUAUACCGAGCGUUAUUCUGUUGACUAUGCUCCAGUAAGUUCGCCACUCGACAGGCAUGACCUUGUAGAAAGUUCCGUGCCUGCAAGGUCUAUGGAUAGGUAAUGCAGUGCAGAAAAGACUAAUUCUAUCUUAAAAUGAAAAAAAAAACAAAGAUAAUAAGAAAAUAAUUUUGGACAAUUACAGCUACAAUAUUAAUUUUAACGUGUACAUAUAAUGUUAAGCUCUUUAAAUAGUUAGCCUAACACUAAGUCUAGAUUAUUAUAAUUUAAAACUAUGUUUAACAUCUACAUACAAUAAACAUUCAUGUGCAUGGCAGUCUACAUACCACAUAUACCAGAUGCACACAUGAAAACAAACACACACGCGACACUCGCGUCAAUAUAUAUAUAUAUAUAUAUAUAUAUAUAUAUAUA